AGCGAGCGACACAGAAGGGUCUGAUAAAUUUACAUCGGGUUUGUCCUUAAGGAGCUAGUUCAGGGCGUGGAUGGAGAUGCGGCGGCAAACGGCGUUAUGACCAAAGAAGAAGAAAAUAGACGGCGAGGCCUACUAGCAGGCGGAGACGGAGGAAGGGGUUGUCGUCGUCGCCACAACGUCGUCAUCAAGCUCGCGCGACCAAGGCUGCGCGGGCAUGGAUAACAGCGAUAUCAAGAACGAGCCUCUGUCACGGCCUAGCAACCUCAGCUAGGUGCGAAGGUAGUCCCGUCGUUUGGUCCCAGCGAGGCGGCGAGAGCCGGCACUGACCCACAAUCUACCCAAGGACAACGACGACACCGCGGCCGCUCAUCCCAAUGGCCGCUUGCCUGAUGACAACGUUCCCGCCGAUUCAGCCCUGUCCACGACCGAUCAUCUACCUGGGACAUACCCUUCCUGGACCGACAGCAACGUGGCUAACACCAGAAACACCCACAAUACCAACUCGACUAACAACACAAGCAUCUAGUGGCUGUGGUUUGUGCUAUGGUCCUCUUGGCUCUUUGAGCCCUCUUCGAUCUCGUCGCGCUCUUGGCUCCCUUGGAUUGGUGAUGAUGGCGGUGGAGGCAGAAUCAGCGGCGGCGGCGGCGGCGGCGGCGGCGUAGGCAGCGGAGGCGGGAUAAUGGCAAACCCCGGGGUGGGGUCUAGGGCU